AUGGCCGCCAGAACCCAGCUUCGGGACCCCCUGUUGGCCACACUGUGUGCCCAGCUCCCAGAGUCCACCUGGGCCUGCAGCAUCUCCCGCACCUCCCUGCCCAGGGGCCUGAGACAGGGCUCCGGUGCAGAGGCCGCCCGAGCCGCCUGGUCCUUCCUGAAAUGGACCUUCGCGGAGCCCAGCCCACGCUCCCCGGACGCGACUCUCCUCCGCAAAGAGCCGGACCAGCUCUGCAGCCCGGGUGCCUCAGAGCUGGGUGUCCUGACGUCCCUGCUCUCCUGUGAGCGCUGCGCCGAGCCGAGGGCAGACAUCCUUCCCUGGACCCCAGGCCGCGCCCACUGCCGCAACCGGACCAUGAGUGAGGAACAGACCAACUCCAGCUUCGGCUACUGGGACAGCUUCGACUACGGAGAGCUGGACGCGGAGGACUCGCCCUGCUCCCUGCAGGAGGUCCGCCGCUUCUCCGCCCUGUUCCUGCCGGCGGCCUACGCCCUGAUGUGCGUGUGCGGCCUCGUGGGCAACAUGCUGGUGGUGCUCACCUUCGCCUUCUACAAGAGGUCCAAGUCCAUGACCGACGUGUACCUCCUGAACAUGGCGGUGGCCGACGUGCUGUUCGUCCUCACGCUGCCCUUCUGGGCCGUGAACCACGCGAUGGGCCGGUGGGUCUUCAACGACGCCAUGUGCAAGCUGACCAAGGGCGUCUACGCCGUCAACUUCAACUGCGGGAUGCUGCUGCUGGCCUGCAUCAGCCUGGACCGCUUCGUGGCCAUCGUGCAGGCCGCCAGGUCCUUCCGCGUGCGGUCCCGGAUGCUGGCGUACCGCAGGGCCAUCUGCGUGGCCGUGUGGGCGGUGUCCGUGCUCACCUCCAGCUGGACGGUCGUGUUCUACGAGAAGUACAAGGAGCACACCGGCGAGGUGUGCGAGCAGCACUUCCCCCGCGUGCCUGAGCCCGUGCGCUGGAAGCUGCUGGCGCUGGGGCUGCAGCUGGUCUUCGGCCUCAUCCCGCUGGCCUUCAUGGGCGUCUGCUACACGCUCAUCGUCCGCACCCUGGUGCGGGCGCAGAACUCCCGGCGGCACCAGGCCAUCCGCGUCAUCAUGGCGGUGGUGGUGGUCUUCCUGGCCUGCCAGCUGCCCCACAGCGUGGUCCUGCUGGUGAAGGCGGCCAGGCUGGGCUCCAUGAACCGCACGUGCAGCAGCGAGAAGGCGGGCGCCUACGCCACGGCCGUCACCGAGGCCCUGGCCUUCCUGCACUGCUGCCUCAACCCCGUGCUCUACGCCUUCGUGGGCCAGAAGUUCCGCAGCUACUUCCUGAAGGUCAUGAAGGGGCUGUGCUGCGCAUGGUGGGGGCGCCGGCGGCCGGGCCUCCCCUGCGGGCGGCUGCAGGCCGAGGCCUUCCCCUCCCGGCAGAAUAGCGAGACCGCGGAGCACGAGAACGUGUCCUCCUUCACCGUGUGA